AUGGAAUCACAUCUAUUUGACCGUGCCCUCAUAAUAAAUCUUGUUAAAAGAAAUGAGGUGAACGGUUUACCGUACGAAAAUAUCAGAUGUGAUUAUGUACCCUGUAUUGCUUAUAUUUAUCCAGAAAGAAAUGAUCAACAUAUGAAUGAAGGCCACAGUUCACGCAGUGAUUGUCCAGAUUUGUUUAUCCCAGAUUUCACGCGAGCUAAAGUCUUCAGGGAAAGUGAUCGCUGGCCAGGCAACGAAGAAUUUACAUUGACUCUUACAGAUGAAUCAGGAAAGAGAACUUUCGCAUACUGUGUACGUCACUUGAUACGACGUCAUGAGCUGAUUAACGAACAAGCUACGUCUUCAAAAGAAGGUGAUUUGCCCGAAGUUUUUGCUAUCAUUUCACCGAUUCAUGCACCACUGUUUUAUUUUGCGCUUGCUCGAGAAUGCGUGUGUUAUCUACAUGAUAAUUUGAAAAGACUGGAAAAUUUGCUGAAUGUUGUUUAUCGAUGCACAUUCCCUACUGACGGUAGUUCUCUGCAUGUUUUCGAAAAAGCAAAAGAUGGAUUCAAACGGAAUAUUGUGAUUCGAGGACAAGGUCCUACACUGGGUCAAUCAGAUUGUUCUGGAAUUGUGCGACGCAUGGGGCCAGAAAUUACAGUUGCUAUAAUUGCAGCAUUACUGGCUGAACAACGAGUUAUCAUUGCUGGUGGUUCGGUACAAUGCGUUUGCCACGCGGUUCAGUCGGUCGCUUGUCUAUUGCAUCCAUUUUCAUGGCCUUAUACAUUAAUCCCAGUUCUACCAGAUUCUUUGUUAGAAAUAGUAAAUUCUCCAACACCAUAUCUGAUGGGGUUGUUAAGGACAAACAUGUAUAAAUUGAAGUCUUUGGCUGCCAAGGAUAAGAAUCAGUGCACUGAUGAUCUUACCCAGGCACUUUGUUUUGAGGACGACCUUGUUAUAGUCGAUCUCGAUGGCGGCAUAUUUGUGCCACAACUUACCGAACUGUAUACUGCAAGUGAGAGUAUUGAUUAUAAAGCAAAAAAUGCAUUCGCAUUAUGUGAGAAACUUUUGGUGCCCAGGAAGCUUGCAGUAAGUCUUGCUAUAAAACUCAAAGAAGCUAUCGCUGUUGGUGAAGGCCCUCGCGCUGAUCUUUUACUUCAGAAAGCAAUGCUAUCUUGGUUUGCAGCUUUAAUUUGGCCCUAUAAAGGUUGUGGCUUCUAUGCGGCAUUUAUCGCCGAAUCAAAUGGUGAUUUUGAAUCUAUUCGGACUAGCAAGGCUCAACUGAUCGCUUCACACUCUUCUAAAUCUGCUCGACGUUUUACCGAAUGGUUUGUCGAAACUGGUAUUUUUCGUGAGUGGAUCCGUCGAAAGGUGGCUAGUGCUCCGGAAAUAACCAAUAUGAUUCUUGAUGUCGCAGAAGAUGUGGUAAAUCAGAAAUUCGACGAAUACGUCAUUGCGGCAACCCCUCAAUCAUCCCAGAGGCGUGUGACUAACAUAUUCAUAAAAGCACACAACGUUGUCUUUCGUUCUUAUUUGGGGAAAAAGUUGUGA